AUGACAACUAGCAACAUUGAGCUUGGUCUCAUCAUCACUUCUUCAAGAAACAACUACUAUUUACCAUGGAAAACAAAUGUCCCCGAAUUAGUGACUACUGAAGUGCCCCGCGAUUGUUAUCAAAAUUGGGUCGUCCGUAUACAAGAACCUGGCAGCAUCGAAAAAUACUUGUAUCCGUUGGAAGCUUCUAAGAAAGCCCCAUUAAUCCACCGUCAUCGAAAUAAUCGCGUACUGUUACGAAAUUGCUGGUUAGAAAAAGACGGCUCCAUUGCUACUGAGGAUUCAAUAAUGGCGUGGCCAAUAACGGACCCACAAGGUUAUCUGCAGCCGCCCGAUUUUAAUCGACGAUACACUCUAUGGGGACGAGUGGGCUUUAUGGAGGAAAGCCGGGAUAUUUCAAUAAAGGUCGUCGAAAUUGUUGAAUCUUGGUCAAGAAGUUCACAGAAAAUGUUUUCUCCUACUUCCAUCGGAUAUCGUCUAACCUUUCCAGAGGAUUACAAAGCGAAUCAGGAGAUGUGUUGCUUACUUACUGAACAAAAAGGAACGAAUGGGAGAAAAGAAAAAACGAGUGGCACUCUCAUACUGAAGAUACUGCAGGAAUUGCUCACCGAAGAAACAAUAAUUCCAACAUUGUGGAUUGCUUUGCCGAUCGUUUGUCUCUGUCCGAUUGUCGUCUCGGGGAUUGCAAUUGGGCAAUCGAUCAAUCGAUUUAUGACUUUUAUGUUCUCAUGUCAUGGAUCUGUUGCCUCGAUAGCUGUUCUUUGUAUCUAUGAACCAUAUCGAGUCUAUAUUAAGACGAAAUUCAAGGUGCUCCUACAUAAAACUCCAAUAUUGAGG